AAUUAAUAAAUUAAAAAUGCUCUUUGAUAUUGGAAUUCUUCAGAUAACGAUUGUGACCCUCUCCUACUGGUACCUCGGAUUCCUCUACGGCUCCGGCUUCCUGUUCCUGCUCUACCAUGUUGCUGAGAACUUGCUCAUAGCGCUCGGGUACCAGCCAGUGCCCUUCGUCGACAUCGGAAUGGAGUUUGAAAAGAAAGACGGCACCAACAACCUUGUGGCUUACUUUGAAGCAGAGAGCCUUGACCUGGACUCCGUCAAGAAGCGGAUCUAUGAGCAAGGCAUCAGUAAGAUCAAGAACCUGCGCUAUGUCAGGAGUGACAUUCUGGGGUUGGCACUGUUCAAGAUCGCUACUGAGGAAGAGGCCAAGCUUCAGAUCAAGAGGGUCAACAAAGAAGUCAAGACAGAUAAAGAAGUUAUUGAUUAUUGCUCUCAUUUAGCUCAAUACAAGAUUGACAGAAGCAAGCCUAAUUGGGAAUGUCAUGUUCAAGAAAACUACACCAAAAAUACCUCACUAGUUUUCUUUGUGAUGCAGCACGGUUUGAUCGACGCAGUUGGAUAUGCUUCACUGAUGUCAUGUUUGCUAGAUAACCAAUUUAAACUAAAAAUGAAGAAGAAGUUUACACCAAUUUCCUUCGCUUGGAAAGUAUUUUACUGUGUGUUCGCUCUCCCAUACACCAGCUACAUGUCGUUCAAAUACAAGAUGAUCAAAUCAGACGAUGGGGCAGAGAAGGUACAGGAGCAGACGGAUCCAAACACUUUGCAAAAGAACUGUUAUUCUACAGUUGAGCUCGAUUUCUCAGCAGUCAAGAAAUGAUACAAAAGAUUUAAGGGCGUCACCUUCGGUGACUAUUUCAUGGGAGUUGUAUCUAAAGCAUUCCAUGACUGGUACAGGGAGCAAGGCAUCGAUAACGCUAAUAAUAUUAAGGCAGUCGUCUCUGUAAACAAUAGAGAUUUCCCUCAAGGAUAUGAUUCAUUGAUUCUUGGAACAAGAAUUGCAGUUUUUGAAUGUCACUACCCAUUGCUUGGAAACUUUGAAAAGGCUAUCACAGAGUCAAAGAAGGCAUUCAGAAGUAUUUACUCUGAACACGGAGCUCAGCUUAUUGAGUUGUUCUUCUCCAUUUUCAAGUUCUUCCCAAAAGCUGCUGUCAGACAUCUCGCUGAAGAUAUGCUUGGAGGAAUCGGAUGUGCUAUUUCAAAUGUACCAUUCUCUGAAGAGCAGUGGAUCUUUUGUGGUAAGAAAGUAUUGAAGCAGGGCUUCUGGGCUCACGGUAGUGAACACAUCGGUAUCUUCAUCACUCCUAUCACCUAUGGAGACAAGUUGAGAGUCAAUUUCACCGCUAAUAGAACCAUGAAACUGUCUGGGCAAAAAUUGGUUAGCCAGUUUGAAAAAGUAAUUAACGAAGAUAUUGCCGAAGGAGCUAAAUAA